AUGGCUUGGUGGCAUGAUUUACCCAAUGAGCUAAAGAACCAAAUUUGGGGCCAUCUGCUCAAGUGCGGCAGCAAUGAGGGUCAACCACUAGCUCCAUACGCUUCCAUCUCUUCUGAAUGGCAGAAAAUCAUCGAGCCCUUUGUCUUUGAAGAGAUAUCCAUCUCCCUUCAUUCACAAAAAUCAACUUCAAGCCGCCGCAAGAUUUCUCAAGCCCGCAAAAUCCUCACCAAACCACGCCAGAGCGCCCUCAAGCGACUCCGUGUCCGCAUCGACUAUGACGCCACCAAGACUUCCAAGGGCUAUAGGAGGGCGUUUGCGGGGGUGGUAGUCGCCUUGUUCGAUCUGUUGCAGACCUGGAAGGCGGAAGAUGCCAAGAUCGACCUCAAAAUUAUCGAAGUCCGGCCUUGCGGUCCCCCGCUACUCACGUACGGAGGAGAGCUAUUGCAGCAGCGAACGUGGUCAAUCGGUUGCGUGCGGUCGCUCCGCAUCGUGAAACCACAAUCAUACAUUUUCCGAAGCACUGGGCCCGAGCUUGCCGACCUUAUUUUGAACGGACUUGCCCCCGGUCCGGACAUGGUGGAAUACAACUACGAAAUCGGCUGCCGCCCUGGAUAUAAGCACAAGCUUUGCCUUCUCACGGAUUGGCAGAUUGCUCCGGUGGAAGUGAAGUCGCUGACUAUCCGAGAAUCUUGCGACCAGAGCAACUUGAACACGCAACAUGAUUGGAUCGAAUACAUUCGUACGCAUCAGGGCAUCCCUGAGCAACUGUAUCAAAAGAGCCGUGGGCUAGAGGAACUAUGCAUAUCGUUCGCCAUAGAUGCGACUGACUUCUUUUCCCCCAUGAUGGACCAGCCCAUGAAUGACAGCACAUUUUCGCAGGUCAGCACCGUUCUCCCUGAUUGGCCUGAACUGCGGCUCAUCAGUCUGACGUCUCAUUCUAUCUGGGACAAGGCACCCGAGAUGACAAACAAGCUCCUGUUAUCGGCCGCUAGAGCUGCCCGACGGAUGCCAAAGUUGAGAGUGAUGGAAAUGUGGAACGCUCGGGAGCAAUACAUCCUUUCGGCGGGCUGUUUCCGUUACUCUAUUGGGGAAGACGGUGCCGCAACGUUCAUAUGGGAAAGUACAUGGGACUUCGAGAUUGAAGAAGCCACAAAAGUGGCAUGGGUCGAUGCCGCCAAGUCGCAUUCCGCCUAUGGUCUGAAUUUCGAAGUGCGAAGGGUUCCUGCUGAGCUACCAUGGCCCUUCUCACCGGCCCAGGCUCAUGCGGCAGCGUUUUCCUACCGCAGCGCCUCUCACCUUCCUUCUAGACUAAGCACGGAAACAGCUUGA